AAGACAUCCAGCCACUGACCCAGUCGCCUCCCCCCGCAGGGCCCCUGCCCCCUUCAGUCAGGGGUGCUGGGGCGGUGGCCAGUGUACUGCCCCCGAGUGGGAGGGCUGGGUUCCCCCCGGCAGGGCUAAGGGGAUUCUGACACUGCAGUCCCCUAGUGGCCAGGCGCGCUCCCGGAGCAGCCGGAGGCCCGCGGGCUCACGAGCGCUGGGGCGCCCAGCGAUUCCUUAUGGGCAGCGUGCGCUGGGCCUUCCCCUGCGCCGCCUGGGCCCCGCGCCGGGACGAGUGGCUGCUGGCCGCGCGCCUGGUGCAGCCCGAGGAGAAGGACCGCGUCCGCCAGUUCGUCUUUGCCCGGGAUGCCAAGGCUGCCAUGGCUGGUCGUCUGCUGAUAAGAAAAUUAAUUGCAGAAAAACUAUGGAUACCUUGGAAUGAAAUAAACUUGCAAAGGACAUCAAAAGGAAAACCCUUCCUGGUGAAUGACAUACUCAGGAUCCAUCCCAAUUUCAAUUUUAAUGUCUCUCAUCAAGGGGAUUAUGCAGUUCUUGCAGCUGAGCCUGAGCUUCAAGUUGGCAUUGAUAUAAUGAAGACUAAUUUGCCAGGUAGUGGUUCAGUUCCGGAUUUCUUUCGCAUUAUGAAACGACAGUUUACAGAGGCAGAGUGGAGGGUAAUCAAGUCCAUGAAUAACGAAUGGAUUCAGCUAGAUAUGUUUUAUAGGCACUGGGCACUAAAGGAAAGCUUUAUAAAGGCCAUUGGGAUUGGAAUAGGCUUUAACCUGCAAAGGAUUGAAUUUAAUGCCUCCCCAUUGCAGCUGGAAGUAGGGAAGGUUUACAAGGAGACAAAAAUGUUGUUGGAUGGAGACAAGGAAGAAGGGUGGACUUUUGAGGAAACCCGGUUGGAUGAUCUCCAUCAUGUUGCAGUAGCUCUGGGGAAACCAGAAGUAUUUGUACAGAAGGAUUCCAACGUUUUUUCUAAAGACCUGACCCAGCCACAAUUCCAGGUAUUGACUUUUGAUGAUUUAGUUGCCGCCGGUGUUCCUAUGGCACCUGAAGACCCUGCAUACUGGGAUAACUUUUGUUCCAAGCAGGAGUGCCCAGCACGCCAGAGUACUCAUUCAAGAUAAGACUGUGUUUCCAAGAAAAGAAGCUGAAAUCUUUCACAGACCACACAUUGUUCCUUUGCAAAGCUUAAUUUGAGUGUGUGUAUACAUUUCCCAUUUUAGACCAAUAUUCGUUUCCCAGCCUCACAAAGCUGCCACCUUUUACCCUCUUUACCCUAUGCUGAGAUCAUUUCAGGCUAAAGAAACUGAAAUAAAUGAUCUAAACUGAUCCUGCACCUUUUUUACAUUGUGUAAUUUGCAUCUACCUCUGUGAUUCUCUUAUCUCCAUGAUUACCCCCUGCCAAUAGCAGUGAACAGAGCUGCAUUAAUGCUGCUCUUGAUGAGCAACAUGUUUAAUAUUUAAAGAAAAUGUGUUUUCAUGCUUAAUUUCUGCUGAUGUUUAAGUGAUAUUAUUGCCUCUCUCAUGAAAUCAUAAUUUUAUUCCAAAGUGGCUGGGCAAAGCCAAAUUAAAACAGUUGGUUAAUGAUGAUGGCACUAUUUCUUCAUAGCAAAAGUUCUAUGUGAAAUUAUCAAACUUAUUUGUCAUCCCUCUAAGUGACGUUAAUGGAUCUACAGCUGUGUAAAACCAGUUUGAGAGUGUUCUGAGUUCUGGGCUUUUGGUGAGGUAUAUCCUCACACAGUCAGCCUCCUCCUCACAAUUGUCUGUACUGAUUCUCUCCACUAACAGUAUACAGGUUUUCUGCCUCUCCUUUAGAUAAGAGUCCUCUGAAGUGGAUACGUGCCCUGCAGUAGUUCUGCAUUUCUGAACCCAUAUUUGCAUUUCUGUUCUCUUUAUUUCUGGGGACCACUAUUUUUUAAAUAUAUAAGCACUGUCUGCCCUUUUCCAAGGAGGGCUGCAGAGCUGGAGCUGGGGAAUGCAGAGUAUUGCAUUGUCAGAGAGACUUGGGAGAGAGCAACAGGUGCUGAAAGACAAUUUUAGACUAUUUGUCUUGUCCUUUUCAAAGAAUACUUUUUCCCAUUGUGUAUCCUCCUUUUUAAUCUAGGACGUGUGGAUACUUGAGGUCAUUUGAAAGGUGCAGGGAAUGGAUACUGACCAGAAUCAUUACCUCAGAAUAAAAGGCUCAAUUCUCUUCCCAUUGAAGUCAAACAAAAUUCAUGUUGACUUCAGUGAGAGUAGGAUUGUGGCCAAAUUGGCUGUUGCCCUGCAUUCUGAUUAGGUGAAAGCCUGCUUGUAUUAUAACCAUUAAACUUGCACCUCUGAUGUUAAAUAGAAUUUGAGGCAGGAAGGAAAUGGGUUUUAUGGUCUUACAGAAGCCCCCAUGCUGCUGAUGCAGAUAAUCACUUUCUCACACUCAAAUAAUAUCUGUUAAAAUUAUCCUUUUGCCUGCUUUUACAGCACGCUUUUAAAUUGAGCAUUAAUAAAUAAAUUACAUAAUUCUCUCUCAAUUAUUACAGCUUUACCCUGUAGGUAGGAGUGAAUUUUAAAAUUAAGAAUUUGUAGUACUAAAAGUGUGAUGACUGUUGGAUCUUGGGUUAGGAUUCCCCCAGAAGCCAAGGUAAUUCUGUUUAAAGUCAAGGGAAAUUUCUUAAUGGAGAAAACCAGCAUUAAGUCCAUUCUACCCUGCUGAUUGUAAAAUUUUAUUUUAUUUGCUAAAAUAAUAGCCGUCAUAAGAAUUUGCUUUUCUCCAGACUACAAUAGAUGUUUAAAAAUAAUCUUGUUUAUUAGUUUUUGGUCUUAAUUGUCCCUGCUGCUGGUGUUUCAGACCAAACUGAGAAUCCAGUGCUUUUUAGCAGACCGCACUGCAAACACUAAGCCCCAUUGGCAAGUGCAUAAUACAUUUUAUCAUCUGCAGUGAAGUAAUUUGCAGUGUUGUAUGUGAUCACAUUUAGGCAUGGGAGUUAACAAUCCUGAUAAAUAUGGCAAAUAACACCUCUUUUGGCUGGCUAAUGACUAAUAAGGUUCUAUAUGUAACAAGAAAAUUUAGAAACUUAAGGGUUGGUUCUCCCCCAAAGUCUCCCACCCCCCAAAAAAGCAUUGAUCCUGAAAGACCAGGCAGAAUCACUAGGAAGACUGCAAAUUUGCACAAUAGACAGAUUUCCUUUACAUUUGGAUUUCUGUUGCUUUGG